AUGAAUGCACAGGUCUCCUUUUUGGAAGGCGAGCUCAGUCUCAUCCAUAUCCCUCUCGAGCUGUACGCGACCUUUGUACAGCCGAUAUUGCACGUUCUUCUACCCCAGGCGCACAGUCUGUCGCUGGAUGCAGAGGAUGAUAGUGCUCCCGACCAGGGCCUCACGGCCGACAACAAGCACAGCUUUCUGAACAUCAGCAUCACUCCAGUCGAGUGCUCCAUUGUCUGCCGCACCUACUGGGCCGAGAAGGUUUUCAAGCCACUGGUCUGUGAUAAGCUGCCAAAGGAUGCUGGCAAGGCCGUGUCCAUCUCGAAGAACUCGUAUAUCGCCCUGUGUGUCAUGAGCGGUGGUAUGGAUGCCGGCUCACGCGUUGUCGACCUGUCGUCGCCGCUAGCCCUGGCCGGGAUUCCCAUUUUUUUCGUCACGACAUACUACUCUGACUUCAUCCUAGUGCCGACCAAGGAUCGCCACAGCGUGGUCCAGGCUUUACUUUCGCGCGAGUUUGUCUUCUCUGAGAUGGAAUCGUCGUUUGUCUCCCACGGGACACUGUCGCAUCAGGGGGGAGGUGGCGGUGGCAACAGCAACCGCAGAGGCAGCUCGGUCGGCAGCUCGAUCAGCAGCUCAAUCAGCAGGCUCGGUAGCAGCAUCCUGUCGACCGUGCCGACAACACCGCCGCCGUCCAAUGCAGCCGAACUGCAGGACCGCACGUUCAUCCAACUGAGAAAUCAAAACGUUGUACCCUACAUCGUUCCAGAUCUGCACGUCGCCCACUGCUCUGGCCAUAGUACUCUCGACACUGGCCGGGGCGGCGGCUACUAUUCGUCCUCCCAGCGGCCAUCGGCGAGCAGCGGCAGUGGGUCCGGCAGCGGCGGUGGGGGCAAUCCACGGAGCUGGGCCGACACCAUUGACGCUCGGCUGUACACCUGUCUGGUGUCAGCCAUGGUUCUGCCUCCCAAAUUCCUGUCCGUCACGCUGACGGAGCUGGACCCGCCCUCGAUGCUGCUGGACAAGACGCUGCUGCCCAUAUUUGGAAGCAGCGUGGUCGGUGACGUCGGUGGUGACCUGGUUCCCAUCUUUCUGGACCUCGUCAACCUGCCAUUCGAAGCAACAGGUAUCGUUUCUGGAGUGGCUGGCAAACUGGUGUCGGAGUUACGCAUGGCCGAGGUGCCAGAGCUCUCAUAUCUGUCAACGUCCAAAGCUGGCGCUGUCAUUCUCGAGAGCGAGCAUGCACAAAAGGCUUUGCAGAUAUUGCAGCCGCUAUUGGAUCCGCAAGAGACGUAG